AUGGCAUUCGACAACUCCGACUCCAAGCUGCCUGGGCUUCCGGGCUAUGAUGCACGCAACUUGCAGCCUUGGACUGUGCAGGUGGUUUUAACUGUGACCGUCCUGGCGCUGGUUGCCGUUGGGCUGCGUCUUCUCAGUCGUCGUGUCAAACACCAGCAAUUGUGGCUAGAUGACAAGAUGAUCAUGUUUUCCAUGGGCUGGAACCUGGCAGUUGUCGGCUUCAUUUUUGCCAUGUAUUCAUCCGGUCUGGGGCUCCAUGCAGACAAUGUCGAUGCGGCGGACAUGGUCACGAUGGCCAAGUGGUUGGUUGUGGCCGAGAUACUCUACGCGUGGAAUCUAGGCUGGACCAAGAUGAGCUUGCUGUUGAUGUACUAUCGCAUCUUCCGCACGCCGUACUUCAAGAAGGUGGCAUGGAUCGUCGGAUCUUUUGUCUGGGCCUGGGUCGUUUGCAUCACAUUCUUAUUCGUCUUCAUUUGCGUACCGGUUGAGAAGCUGUGGUAUCCGCAGCUUCCCGGAAGAUGCAUACAUCAAGUCGGCACCUGGAUAUCUAAUGCCGCAUCUACUAUACUCACCGACCUCAUCAUUCUGUUGAUGCCCAUCCCCCAGAUAUGGAGACUUCGGCUGCGAAAAACGGAGAAAAUCGGCCUGACACUUGCGUUUAGCCUCGGUUUCUUUGUCGUGUUCGCGUCAGCCUACCGGACAAGCGUGCUGUUCACGUACACGGCCACAGACCCGACAUACACCCUAGCUCCCACAGUAGGAUGGACUGCCAUCGAAAUGUCAGCAGGCAUCGUGUCGGCAUGCCUCCCUACGCUUCUUCCCAUAGUUCUUUGCUGCGCGCGGGCACUUGGCUUGACACGAACAGCGAGUGUGCCAAGCAGGGAAACCAACGUUCCCCCGACAUUUGGUGGCUCCGGCGGCAAAAAGGUCAAGCUGAAACACGGACCGAAUACAUUGACCAACUUCAGCAUCCGAGGCGAAGAUGAUGACGGCCGUGGAGGCCGGAAGAGCCCCUUUUAUCGUCUGCCGGACAGCGCGGAAUCGGAGAGCGUUAAGUCACACCCCGUGGAUUCGAGCGGUGAAUGCCCAGAGGUGUCAUCGGAGCCGAAUUUGCGCCCAGACACGGAAGGAUAUGGACACUGUGUGAAGAGCUAUACGGCAAACGGCAAUGGAAGCCACGGUGACAACAUCCCACUACAGGGGAUCCGAGUGCAGACAGACUUUCAGAGCUCUACGUCGCGGGAGCGCUGA